AUGCCAAUAGAAAUUCAUGGCAGCCAAAAAUUUAUCAAAAGACAAAUGAAAAAUAAUGCUAAUGCUAAGAUGAUAAAGGAGACUGUCAAGUAUGACCAACAUGCCAAAAAAAAUCCAGUUUAGCACAUCUUAUGCUUAUUAUUAUCAUAAUCAUUAUUAUUUUAAUUAUAUCAAAUUCAUAAUGGAUUGUCUUUAUGGAACUUUCACGGUAUUCUCUUUUUUUUUCCUAGCAAGAUGAACCUAAUUUUGAGCUUUUCGGAAGUAAAAGUAACGAAAUAUAUUCUGGAGAGGAAUAAAAUAUAUUAUUUUCAGGUUAUUCACUUUAUUUCGACAACUAGCAUGUUUAAAUCAGUUAUCCUUUUGAUUUGAU